GGGCCUAUUUGACGGCAGCGCGGAGGGGUUUGUACGGUGGCCGGGCCUGGCUGUUUAACGGUGGUGCGGUCCUGAAUGGAGGAAGUGUUUUCCUGCGGGGUAAACAGUGACAGCUAUAGGGCAGACUCCCUCAGCCCGCUAAAAAAACAACCCGAAAAUGGAUUCAGACAGUAAACUGGUCGCCCAGCUGAAUUCUGAACUCUACUUCCUAAUCGCCCGCUUUCUACAGGCUGGACCGUGCCAGAACACAGCAGAGACGUUGAUCCGGGAGGUGGAGGAGAAGGAGCUACUGCCCACACGACGGGACUGGACGGGGAAGGAGCACCCAGGGAGAUACGAGGAUUUGGUGAAGCUGUAUGGUCACAUCAGUCCGGACCACCUGCUGCAGGUGUGCCAGAGGGUGUGUCCUCUUCUGGAGAAGGAGGUUCCUGCCAGCGUCCCCGGGAUCCACAGUCUGCUGGGGACGGGGCGCCAGAACCUGCUACGCACCAAUAAGAGCUAUAAGCAUGUGGUGUGGAAGGGUUCGGCCCUGGCAGCGCUGCACUGUGGUAGGCCCCCUGAGCCGCCAGUCAUCUAUGGGAGCCCGCCCAGUAUCGUGGAGACGGGUCACGGCCGUCGUCUGAUUGGUUCGUACCGACUGGGUCAGCUCCUCCCCACGGCAGUCUACACACACAUGAAGAUGCACAAGAGGAUUCUGGGACAUCUGUCCUCUGUCUAUUGCGUCACCUUCGACCGCACUGGACGACGCAUCUUCACCGGUUCAGAUGACUGCCUGGUGAAGAUCUGGGGGACGGACGAGGGCCGUCUACUGGCCACACUGAGAGGACACGCUGCUGAGAUCUCUGACAUGGCCGUGAGCUAUGAGAACACCAUGCUAGCAGCAGGUAGCUGUGAUAAGACCAUCCGAGUGUGGUGUCUUCAGACCUGUGUUCCUCUAGCGGUCCUGGAGGGGCACUCUGCAUCUAUCACCUCUCUACAGUUCUCUCCUCUGGUCAGUGGUUCUAAGCGGUUCCUGUCCUCCACCGGAGCCGACGGGACCAUCUGCUUCUGGCAGUGGGACGCACGCACUCUCAAGUUCGGUCAGGGGCCUGGUAAGUUCACGGAGCGGUCCAGACCUGGAGUCCAGAUGAUCUGCUCUUCCUUCAGCGCAGGGGGUAUGUUCCUAGCCACAGGAAGUACGGACCACAUCAUCAGAGUGUUCUACUUCGGCUCUGGACAACCAGAGAAGAUCUCUGAGCUGGAGUCACACACUGAUAAAGUGGACAGCAUCCAGUUUUCAAACUGCAGUGACAGGUUUGUGAGUGGCAGCAGGGAUGGGACAGCUCGUAUCUGGCAGCUCCAGCAGCAGGAGUGGAGGAGCGUUCUACUGGACAUGCAGACCAAGUUACCUGGAAAGUACAAUCCCCCUCCGCUGGAGGACAAGGUGACCAAGCUGAAGGUUACCAUGGUAGCUUGGGAUCGUCACGACAACACAGUCAUCACCGCCGCCAACAACCUGACGCUCAAAGUCUGGAACUCCACCACCGGAAACCUCAUCCACAUACUGAUGGGUCAUGAGGACGAGGUGUUUGUCCUGGAGCCACACCCCUUUGACCCCCGCAUCCUAUUCAGCGCCGGGCAUGAUGGGAACGCCAUCGUCUGGGACCUGGCCAGGGGGGUCAAGAUACGAUCCUACUUCAACAUGAUUGAGGGCCAAGGCCAUGGGGCGGUGUUUGACUGUAAGUGUAGUCCUGAUGGACAGCACUUUGCUGCUACAGACUCACAUGGUCACCUGCUCAUCUUCGGCUUCGGAUCCAGCAGCAAGUACGACAAGAUAGCGGACCAGAUGUUCUUCCAUACUGACUACCGGCCGUUGAUCCGGGAUGUUAAUAACUACGUGUUAGACGAACAGACCCAGCAGGCACCUCACCUCAUGCCCCCUCCCUUCCUGGUGGACGUAGACGGGAACCCCCACCCCCCUCCAUACCAACGCCUCGUACCCGGACGAGAGAGCUGCAGAGACCAGCAGCUCAUACCACAGAUGGGAGUCACCUCCUCAGGUCUGAACCAGGUGGUCAGUGAACAGGCUGUUGAAGGAGCGUCUCCUCUAGACAACAUGAUUCACAGACUGCAGCAGGAGCAGGACCAGAGACUGUCAACCGACACACACAGUAGAGAGGUUCACUCCCCCCCCAACGUGGGUCUGCGUCGCAGCGGUCAGAUCGAGGGGGUGAGACAGAUGCACAGCAACGCCCCCCGGAGCCAGAUGGCCACAGAGACAGACCUGGUAGCAUGGAGCAGGAGGGUACUGGUCCCUGAGCUGGGGGACGCUGUGCUCAGGAGACAGCUGAACUGGAGGGAGGCUAAAGGAGAAGAGGAGAUCAGUGUCUACAGAUCAGAGAGGAGGCCACGCACUGUCCAGCUACACAGAGAGAGCAAGUUCCCCUCUCCAGAGUGUGUAGGGGCGGAGGAGGGGAGGAGGAGUCAUGGUAACCAUGGCUACCAGACACGUGCGGCCGUGGAGGAGACGAGUCGUCAGAGCGCUGAGGUAGCCGAAGAUGAAGAUGACAGCGACAGCAUCUCAGAGGGAGAGGUAGAUGUGCAUCCUAACCCUGUGAAUGGGAACUCUUCAGAGGAGGAGAAGGAGGAAGAGGAGAAGGAGGAAGAGGAGAAGGAGGCCUGGCCUGAAGACCACAGCAGCUCCAGUGACUACUCCAGUGACUACUCUGACUGGACGGCAGAUGCAGGGAUCAACCUGGAACCACCGAAGAAGAAUGUGAAAAUGAAAAAGAAGAGCUGCAGCUCUGAGGAGGAUGGAGAGAAGAAGAGAGAGGGAAAGAGAGACAGGAAGAAAGACAAAGCAGACAAAGACGGAGCACUACCAAAGAAGAAGAAGCCAAAGGAGAGGAGGAAGAGGGUGGAGUUCCAGGAGGAGGGGCUAACUCUAGAGGAGUGGCUUCCGUCAGCCUGGAUCACAGACACAGUCCCUCGGAGAUGUCCCUAUAUACCACAGAUGGGAGACGAGGUGUACUACUUCCGUCAGGGCCAUGAGGCGUAUGUGGAAAUGACCAAACAGAACAAGAUCUACAGCAUCAACCCCAAGAAACAACCCUGGCACAAAAUGGAGCUACGGGAGCAGGAACUGGUGAAGAUAGUAGGGCUAAAAUAUGAGGUUGGUCUCCCCUCUCUCUGCUGCCUCAAACUGGCCUUCCUGGACCCUGAUACUGGCAAGCUGACUGGAGGCUCCUUCUCCAUGAAAUACCACGACAUGCCUGACGUGAUUGACUUCCUGGUUCUGCGACAGCAGUUUGAUGAUGCGAGAGACCACCACUGGACCAUAGGUGACAGGUUCAGGUCAGUGAUAGACGAUGCCUGGUGGUUUGGGACCAUCGAAGACCAGGAGCCCUUCCAACCAGAGUACCCAGACAGCCUGUUCCAAUGCUACAACGUCUGCUGGGAUAACGGCGACACAGAGAAGAUGAGUCCUUGGGACAUGGAGCCCAUCCCCAACGAGGUAGUGUUCCCAGAGGAGCUGGGUCAGAGUGUUCCUCUAACGGACGAGGAGCAGAGGGAGCUGCUGUACGUUCCCCUGGAGGGGGAGUGGGGCGCCGCCAACAGGAACCACGAGUGUCAACGCAUCAUCAACGCCAUCGACCAGCUCACCACACUCGAUGUAGCUGUGCCGUUUGCCUUGCCAGUAGAUCUCCAGGCGUAUCCUACCUACUGUACUGUAGUCGCCUACCUCACAGACCUCAGCACCAUACGAUCCAGGCUGGAGAACCGCUUCUACAGGCGUAUGUCAUCGUUGAUGUGGGAGGUGCGUUAUAUUGAACACAACGCUCAAACCUUUAAUGAAACAGGAGCCUUCAUCGUUAAAACGGCCAAGUUCGUCUCUGACCUCAUGCUCAGCUUCAUCAAGGACCCCACUAUGACUGACAUCAUUCCUCUCUACAACACCAUGAAGAAGACCGCUUUCUCUGACACCGAGGAUGAGGAUGAUGAAGACGAGGAUGAAGAUGCUGAUGCUCCUGGAACGUCCACACGGAACAGAAAGGGUCGCGGUGUUGGUCUGCAGCAGCUGCAACGAGGAAGGCGCGGCCAGCCCUGGCGGGGGCGCAGCAAGGAGCUGAUAGACCUGCUCUUCCAGUGUGAAGACUCAGAACCCUUCAGACAACCUGUUGACCUGGAGCAGUACCCCGACUACCUGGACAUCGUGGACACCCCUAUGGACUUUGGGACGGUCAGGGGCAUGCUCAGAGCAGGGAAGUACACCUCUCCUCUGGCGCUCUGCCAGGACGUCCGGCUCAUCUUCAGCAACUCUAAAGCUUACACACCCAGCAAGAAGUCCCGGAUCUACAGUAUGAGUCUCCGUCUGUCUGCAUUGUUUGAGGAACACGUCAGCUCCAUCCUGGCUGACUACAAGGCCGUCCACGGACAGACGGACACAAAGACCAGACAUAGAGCAGACAGACAGACGGACAGACAGACCAGACAUAGAGCAGACAGACAGAACCAGACAUAG